GAUCAUCUAUAUAGUAUAUCCCUAAACUAAUAACACCCUCUUUAAACCCCUCUCUCUCUCUCUCUCUCUCUCUCUCUCUCUCUCCGCGCCUCAAAGACCUGUCUUUUCUGCUUCUCUUUCCCCGUAGAUGUUCAUGCCCGAACUCCCCAGAAUCGGGCACUGUGAUAGAGCGGGAAUGCUUAAACCUUGACACAGAUCUGUCGUAUAAUGCGAAUUGCCAAGCGGAGAUCGACACUUCACCGCCGAUCGAGUCAGUGAGAGAGGCGGCCUAUCUGUUCGGUGGUUUCGGUUUCGGUUUCUGGAGACCUUCUUACAAUACUAAAGUCUCAGAAGCCUUUCAGGAAAAUAUAAUGGAACUCAAGGCACAGGCUGCUGAGCUACUGAACGUGAAACGCUCCUUGUACCGAAGGAGCUCGAGGCCACUAAAGCCACAAUUGAAGAGCUCAGCUCAAAGCUGCAGAAGAAGAAUGAGGAGGAGAUGUUGAGAGAAGAUGUUCUUCUACAGUGGUGGAUCUUGCGGGUAUACCCGGGAUGGUUGAGCAUUUGAAUAAUCAACUGAAUAAGGAAAAGGCUGCACUUGAGAAGACACAACACACGAGAGACAAGAUCGAAACGGCCAAGAUAAUGUUGGUGGCAGCUAGAAAGAUGAAGGAGAUGGCCAGAGCGGCUGAGGGGUUGCAAUCGCUGAGAUUAAGGCUGUCACCGAUGUGACUGUGACUAUCUCCCCUGAAGAGUAUGAUGCGCUCGCUCGUAAAGGUAGAGACGCAGAUGCCAGAAAGGAGAGUUGAAGAAUUUAUUGUGGAAAAACUGUCUCAAUAAUCAAGUAUGUUUUCAGUCUAUUUCUUUUUCUUACAAUGCAUUAUUCUAAUUAUAUUAUUUCAUAUAUAAUUGUUUUUGACCAAAUAUUUCUUUCCACUUGUUUGAGGAUUAUGAUGAAUUUCAUUUGAAAGAACUUAUUAUCAAUUUCAUCCAUCACUUUUGACCUAGCUUAUUACAAAUAAGUCAUCAUUCAUAUAUGUGUUGGUAAUAUCAUUUGUUAAACUAAUUUAAAUUAACUUAUUCUUCACAUAAUAUUUUAGUAGAUAAAGAAAUGUUGAUGACUGAUAUUUAAGGUUAAUUAGCCGUUUUUCUCUAAUUAUUAUGGGAUGAAUAAGUUAAUUCAAAUUACUUUGACAAAUGAUAUUACCAACACAUAUGAAUGGUGGCUUCUUUGUAAUAAGUUAGGUCAAAAGUGAUGGAUGAAAUUGAUAAUAAGUCAUUUCAAGUGAAAUUCAUCAUAAUCCUCAACGAAGUGGAAAGAAAAAUUUGGUCAAAAACAAUUCUAUAUGAAACAAUAUAAUUAGAAUAAUGCACUGUAAAAAAAUAGACUGAAAACAUACCUGAUCAUUGAGACAGUUUCUCCACAAUGAAUUCUUCUUUGGAAAUUUGUUCCACCAAAAAAAUCAUAGUUUCUUACAUAUAUGGAUGCUACAAUCAUAAGUUAACACUUGAUUGUGUUGGUAAAUACUCUAAUUCAUUAAUAAGUUCCUAUUCGUCUGUAUAAAUAUGAUGGAAUUAAAUUCCACAUGGGUUGUCCAAAAUACUUAAUACUAAAAAUGAAAACUUAGGUGCA